AUCAAAUGUGCAAAUUGACAUGUAAAACUGCUCCUAAAAUUCCUACAAAUAUUUUCAGUAGUCGUAGUGAUUAUUUAUCUGCAUUUAGAAUUUAUUCCAGUUAAUAGACUUAAUUUGUAUCCGAACUUAUACCCGUUAAUAGACUUAAUUUGUAUCUGAACUUAUACCCGCCGGUUGAUGUUCUAGGGAGUCCAUUUUUAUAGCAACUUUGCAACUAUCACUUUAAUAAAGUGAAGUUAGCUUCGCUUGCCGGCAGAAGGAGAUAUGUAGGCAAAUAUCUGAAGAUGGAGGAUGUGAACUUGUGUGUUGUGUGAUUCGAAACAAAAAUACGACUUUAGACGAUGUGCAUGAGUGUAAGGAACGAAGCUGAGAAUCAAAAUUUGCAAUUGGAGAAUUUCGCACCGUUUUAGUUACUAAGAUUCCAGCAAUCUAAAUAAUAUUCAGAUUGUUAACCAAUACAUUGGCGAUCGUGCGAGUGCGUACGGGUCAAUACAGCCUAAAUUUUCGAAUCUUCGUAAGAAGCAUACUCAAGCCGCUCAAAGUGAACAACCUAAAAUAAGAGGCGAGCAAGAUGGACGAUUUGUCGGUGGAAGUAUGCGGUGAAAACGGUGCAUACUACAAGGGGACUGUGACAGACGUUUUCGAGGAUGCCGUGAUGGUUUCGUUUGAUAAUGAUUAUCAAGAAGAAGCACGAUUCGCAUUCUCCCAGGUUCGUUUUCCCCCAAUUGAGAAUCAAAGUCCGCCACCAUAUGAAGAAGGAAUGGAAGUAGAAGUAUUUACUCGAUCUAAUGAACGUGAAGCCUGCGGUUGGUGGACAGCAAUAAUUAAAAUGAUGAAAAUCGAUAUAUGCGCUGUGGGAUAUCUUGGCUUCGAACAUCCAUACACAGAAAUAGUGGAGUUGAAAAGAUUAAGGCCAAAAAAUACAAAUCCCCCGAUAACAUCGAAGAGCUUUUAUAAAUUUGAAAUCUCUGUUCCCGAAGAGUUGAGAGAGGAUUAUAUGUCUCUCAUGUGUCUUUCCAGAGCAAAAGAGGACGGCGUACAUAAGGAAUUUCAGAAAUCGAUAUCCGCUGGCGUUUUUCGAUUUGUUCCAGAUCGCGGAGUUAUUGUUGUCAUCUCAAAGCAUGAUUUCACGCAAAAGAGAGCAAGCAUGUUGCAAGAUAUGCAUUUCAGAAAUCUGGCACAAAAGGUUAUUUUGCUUAAAAAGACUGAAGAAGCAGCCCGCCAAUUGGAGUCGACGAAACUCCAUAAUCAGGGUUUCACAGAUGAAUUUAAAGUGCGCGAAGAUCUAAUGGGCUUGGCUAUAGGAGCACAUGGUUCAAACAUUCAAGCUGCCAGGAAUCUAGAAGGAGUUAUUAAUAUUGAAUUGGAGGAGAAAACAUGUACGUUUAAGAUAACCGGCGAAUCUAAUGAAGCUGUCCAUCGGGCACGAGUUAUGCUAGAGUAUGCCGAAGAAUUUUUCCAAGUCCCACGCGACUUGGUAGGCAAAGUAAUUGGUCGUAAUGGCCGCAUUAUUCAGGAAAUUGUCGAUAAAAGUGGUGUAUUUAGAAUUAAGAUCGCUGGCGAUGAUGAACCUGAUCAGAAUAUACCCCGCGAAGCUGGUCACGUACCGUUUGUUUUUAUAGGCACAGUAGAGAGCAUUUCGAAUGCUAAAGUUCUCCUAGAAUAUCAUCUGGCGCAUUUAAAGGAAGUGGAACAACUUCGUCAAGAAAAACAAGAAAUUGAUCAACAGUUAAGAGCUAUACAGGAGUCUAGCAUGGGUUCAAUACAGAGUUUCCCGGCAACGAGACGAUCCGAGAGGGGAUACAGUAGUGAUUUAGAUUCAGUACGUUCGGCACGCGGAGCGUCGCGAGGUCGAGGCCGGGGUAGAGGAACGAAUGGAGGCAAUAACACUCGUUAUCAUCAAGAUUCUGCAGGUAAUAGACGGGACUUGCCUGAUGAUGACUAUCACUCACGCGGCGAUCAUCCCAGAGGCUACGGUGAUCGAAAUAAUGGAGGCUACCGUGGAAACGAUCGUCGCGGGGGUAGACGUGCAGGCAAAAUGCAACUAAAUGGCAGAGAAAACUUUACCCAUGAAGAAAUUGAGAAUCGUGAAAUGAGUAGUGUUGAAAGAGCGGAAAGCUGUUCAUCGACCGAGGGAGGUGGCGCUUCUCGACGACGUCGACGACAGAAAUCCUCUACUCAAAUAGCUAAUGGAGCUGCUCCAUCGACAACGGCGUCAGUGGCGGCUAAUAAGGCGGGAAAGCCCGGCGGCGACACUACGAAAGUCCCGAUUGAGAACAACAGUCAACUGUCCGGGCAAAAUAAACGCGAGCCAGUAUCUAGUAAAAAUACAUCUUUGAAAGCUGAUAAACCCCAACAACCAAAAGGACGCCGUCCAAAGAAUAAAAAUCAGGACGCCUUAAACAGUGAUGCAAAAAAAGAGUCAUUAGUAAACGGAAGUUCGGCGGUUCUUAUUUAAAUAAAACCACAACAAAUAAGAAAUUAAUUUACUUUGGAUGUUUUUAAUACAUUCAAUAUGAAAUUGUAAAGAAGUAAAAGGAGCGAUCUUUUAUUUUUUUCAAACAAAAAAAUGAGAAAACACAAUGCAUAUGUUCGUUUUUGAAAAUCUUGAUUUGAUUUUUUCGUUUUAAACGCUUUAUACGAACGCUUUGAAAUUUACAAUCUUUGAUUUUUAUUGAUGAAUAAAUGUAAAAUUAUGAAACACUU